AUGCUCAAAGACUUAGCUCGUCGUAUUGUUAGCAUCGCUAACUUCGCAGUUUGCACUGUCUUUUCUUUCAUCUUGUCUCCUCGGGUACAAGCUAAGUCUCAAACUUUGUCGAGGCUAAAAGCUUCAGGCUAUGGCUUUGGAGCUCGAGAAACUAAGAGCGCUCGAGCUGUUAUGUCAGGUCCCUUUGGUUUGCUCGCAACGACGCUCGCAGAGACGACUCGUAGUUCGACCAGCAGCCGCUUCAUCGGCGUCAGUUCCUUCGCUACCGCUCCGCAAGGUGUCAUGACACUUCCCAGGACAGUGAGUCCUCCGAGUAGCAAAGAAGUGACAAUUCGAGAGCCAGCAAUCGAAGACGUGCAUGCAUUCUGGGAUUACCAGAGGAUUUUUGGCUCGCAACGAGCUGAAGUUAAGGAUCCAGUCCGGCUCAAAGUCGUGGAGGGACGAAUUCCGAGCGAUUUAAAAGGGUCCUACUAUCUCUGUGGUCCGGGUCUCAGGGCGGAUGAUCAUGGAUCCUGCGUAAGUCCUCUCGACGGUCAUGGAUACCUGAGAAAGUUUCACUUUGGCAAUGGAGAUCUUGUGCAAUACUCGGCAAGAUAUGUGAGAACGGAAGCGAUGAAAGAAGAAUUCGACGAGGAGUCUCGCUCAUGGAAGUUUCAAUACAGGGGGCCCUUUUCCCUGUUAAGACAUGGCCACCGCAUUGGCAACUUCAAAGUGAUGAAGAACGUCGCAAAUACCAGCGUGUUGAAAUGGGGAGGCAAACUCUUGUGUCUUUGGGAAGGAGGUGAGCCUUACGAAGUCGACGAGGACACCCUCGAAACCAUUGGAACUUUCAGGGCCCUGCUUCCCAUACUGACAGGAGGAUUUAACAUGCCAAAAGAGAGAGUUUUGGCUCACUUCAAGAUUGACGAGAGGAGGCAAAGACUUGUGGUGAUCACGUCGAAUGCUGAAGAUAUGGUGCUACCGAAGGCGACAUUCACUGCCUAUGAAUUUGAUGCAGACUUCAAGCUGAUACAACGUAAGGAAUUUCUUCUCAACGAUCAGUUAAUGGUUCACGACUGGGUUCUUACUGACGAGCACUAUGUCAUUCUCGGCAACAGGGUGACGCUCGAUGUUGGCAGUUCACUCACUGCAAUGGCGGGCCUUUCUCCCAUGAUAAACUGCUUGGCAGUGGACGAAUCAACAACAUACAGUCCCUUGUAUAUGCUUCCUCGAUUCGACGAGAGAAACGGACGGGAUUGGACUGUGCCUGCUAAAAUUCCGGGCCAGCUUUGGGUGACCCACUUUGCCAACGCAAGCGAAGAAACAUUGGAGGGGGGCCACAAAAUUAGAUUCGUCGUCGAUGCGUGCCUCAGCUCUUACAAGUGGUUUUCUCUAAACAGCAUAUUUGGAUACAAGUGGCAAGAACAGCAUAUGGAUCCGGGCUGCAUGAACAACACUUCCUCCUCAAAGUUCAUGCCGGAGCAGCUACACUCUCCAAGAAUGCACCGAGUGACUGUGGACGUCAGCAAUCUCGAUGACAGCAUCCUCUUGCAAAAGUCGGAACGAUUCAAGAAUGCCAACUUCGCGACGGACUUCCCGGUUAUAAACUCCACAGCUUCGGGUGGCAAGAACGAGUUCACGUACGCUACCACAAACUCAGGCCGGCGCAAGACCCUCUCGAGCUUUCCAAUGGACAGCAUCACGAAGCUCCACGGGCCAAGCGGCCGAGCAUCGUCAUGGUGGGCCGGGAAAAGGUGUGCUGUUGGAGAGCCACAGUUUGUCAAGAGGAAGAGCUCCCAAGGUGGCGAAGACGAUGGUUACGUGAUCUUUGUCCAGUACUCGUUUGUGGACGAGAGACGCUACUUGGUGAUCCUGGACGCGCGUCGCAUUGGUGCAAGGGGCGCUCUCGUGGCCAAGGUGGAGGUUCCAAGAGAAUACAGUUUCCCGUUCGGCUUCCACGGCUUGUGGCAAGACUCUUGAUCUCCAGCGAGGUACCGAUUCCCUUCUAUUCUCUACACUCAAUUCUUUCGAGCGUCAUGCGUCGUGACUCAUUCAUUUAUCAAGUUUCGAGUCCACCAUAGAUCAUAGAAAGACGGAAAGGAAUUCGAAGCGAUCGAGAAAUCGAAAAAUCUCCAAGGAUAUUCGUGAGAGGAA